AUCAGUGUUUCUAAUGGCUCCGCCCCGUCCAGGAGCAGCCCUCGCCACAAAAUGGCGACACCCAGCAACCCGACGGUAAGAACCACCGUGUUUACUCCGUUCGAAACAACACAGUGAGCAGUGUGCAUUGAGAUCGAAACACCCAUAACUUGAGUUUUCCUAGAAUAGAAGGUGCUGUAGUGCGAAGCAGCAAGUAGCCUAUUUGAACAUUCAGUGUGCGUGUGACACUUGGCGUAAUGUCAAAAUGAGUUUUCCAAACAGUCGUUUUAAUGACGUGUAAUGACAAUGCCUUCCACUGGUUUAACGUAAACCACCUCUCAAGGAGGUAAUUAGAACAUCCUGGAGAAGGAACAAUCGCUUAGGAUCUCUAAAAUAUGCCUCGUCCGCGCACACCGAUUGAGGGUGAGCUUAAUACUCCUUUGAAUACUCCGGUGGUAGAUUACGGCGAUGGCGAAGAUGAAGAUGACACCGGCACGGCAACCUUCGACGCUUCCGAUGAUCCUGCAAUUCAUAACAGCGAGGUGGCGCGCAAAGAUGCUGAACAGCGAUAUUCUGCUCCAGAGUCGAACCACGCUGAAUCAACCAGUCAACAGAUUAGGGCAUCCACGACAGGGACAGAUCCGACCACCGCUAACGCAGCAAGAGCACCGGAAAUUCAUUUUAUCGAGAUGGACCCACCCGCGGAGAAGCCCACAUGCUUUGAAGAUAGCGGAAAAGAGUUAGAACUUGAAGAUCUCAUCGAUGUUGUAACAGUUUUUCAAUGUAAAUUCUGCCGGUAUAAUUGUAUAGAGAAAAGUCUCCUCGUUGCGCAUAUUAAAUCCAAUCACCAAGAAGACAUUUCUAGAGCUAACAGAGAAGAUUCAGCACCUGCCGAACGGGAUUCCGCAGAAGUCUCUCGAGAUCGCGAUUCAUCAACGAAUUUCGCACCAAAGGAAGAGACUGAAUUUGUGGAGCCGUCAACCGAAGCACGGGAGACUCAUCGAGGGGAUGAGCAGGAAUCAUCGUGUGCCAUGACUAUCAGCUCAGUAGAGCACGUAUCAAGAAGAUACUGUGGGCAAAGCAUCCCAGAAGAAGAAGAGCCCCCUGACCAACAAGAAGGCCCACAAUCAAUGCAAGAAGGCAUUCAAGAAGAUCCCGAAGACAAUCAGUCCUACCAAGAUCAACAACAUUCGACUGAUGUGGUUGACGCUGAAGACGGGACGUCCUCGGACUCCAUCGAUGAACCAGAAGAGACUCAAAGCGUAUUCUUGUGCUCGCAGUGUAACACCACCUUUGAAUUGUUUCAAGAUUGUGAAUUACACAUGAAAACGUCUCAUUACCCAUUGUCUACUCCUGGUGUUUCUCCGCUGGACAUCGAAACCGGUCAGACAACAUUAGCUGUACCAGCUACGCCCACAGCCACUGUAACUAGCCCACAUGGUGCAAAUAUCUUUGGUUUGUCCCACACGGCGAACGCCAACAUCGAUGGAACACCCGCAAUUACUACUUACCACUUGGUGGAUCCAUCGGGCUGUGGAACUGGUGUCUCACAAACACUCUUCCACAGAGCACAAGGGGGAUCGCCGUACAUCUACGAUUCCACUACAGCACCGUUGAUAGUCCCUCCAUUACCGCAAAUGCCCCCCUUGGACACGAUGGCGUCCCGACCCUAUCGCUGUACGCAAAAGUUCUGCACUCAGAGAUUUCGCAAGGUGGCAGCAUUACAGUAUCAUCAGCAAAGCCAUCUGGUUCACGCACUUCUCACUGAAGAUGAGAAAGACCAAGAAGAAAAUGAGUUCCAGAAUCGCAAUGAUAAGGGGACCAAUACAGAUCCUCCUGCGGGGAUUAAUCAAUUAUAUAAAUGCCCCGAGUGUGGACUUCGCAUCAUCUCAUGGAAGACGACCGUUCUCCAUCUUUGGAAAGCCCACCAGAUCGAUUGCGAUCUUUACACGUGUACUCUAUGCGAGUAUAAGACUACAUCGUACUACAAACUGCUUAACCAUAAUCAAAUCCACUCAAAUCAACGAAAUUACGUGUGCAUGAUUUGCGGAAAAGAUUUUAAGCAAGUUGGCCAGCUGAGGAAUCAUAUGGUGAUUCAUAAGGAUAAAAACGCAGAAGAAGCCAAAAAUCUCUGGUACUCACCAAAAACAUGUGAUCUUUGUCAGCGGACGUUCUCGGAUACAAAAUGUUUGAAAAAACAUAUUGAGACGGUACACAUGAAACUCAAAAAGUUCGAGUGCACCCUUUGCGGAUAUCAGGCUGCUAGACGAACCAUGUUGAAAAUCCAUAUGAGACAACAUACUGGUGAGAAGCCAUACGUGUGCGAUAGCGCAGGUUGCGGUUAUCGAACAUGCGACCAUAAUUCUCUGCGACGACACCGCAUGAAACACUCAGGUGAAAGGCCCUACAAAUGCCCUCACUGUGCGUACGCCUGCAUACAAGCGGUAUCAUACAAACAGCAUUUACUCAAGAAGCAUCCUCAGCUGGAAAAGAAUAACCUUUUCGAAUGUGAUCGGUGUAAUUUUAAAACGAUAAAUGAAGAAAAAAUGACCGCUCAUAAGGUCGACCAUGAUGAACGAGAUCGUAAGAAGCAGCAGCAGCUGGAAGAAAACGCCAAAGAGGAAGAGAUACGAAGAAAGAUAGGGAAGCCCCUUCAAACCACUGCAGCCGUUUCGUCUAUAAAGAACGCAAUGACAACAAAAAAGCCAUCGAAUUCUGCAUCGAGAUGUAGCGCUAAAAGUUCGCCGACAGCAUCUACAGUGACGAUAUCGACUACGUCCACGUCACCAAGCUGCAUCAAUAACUCAAAUAUCAGUACCUCGAAAGCCGUAACAACAACACCUUCACGAAAUGCCAAUACACAACAAGCGACGAGCCAGUCCUUACUACAACCACUACCGCAACUUCAACCCCAAAACCAAACGAUUUUGCCUGUAUCGCAAGGUGUUCAUAUUCCAGUGGGAAAUAUUAUAGUGAAUUCAUUACCCAUCGUAGUAUCAAUGGGAGCUACUUCAUCCAUUGUAAAUAAUGCUGGAGCUCACCAGCUAAUAUAUACAACUCAACCACAAACAAGCGAACAACAGCAGCAAGCCACACAACAGUCGUUCCAGACUCCAGCCGUAACGAUGAUUGAGACGCUAUCACAAGCACCGCACACUUCAUGACGGCUAGCUGUUAAAGAUAGCGGCCUGUCU